AUGGUAGCUUCAUUCGAUCCCCUCUCACCAUCAUUGGCGUCGUCUUCAUCCGAUCAAACAACUUUCAAAACCUUGACUAGAGAAAGACAAUUUCGACAUCCCCCAACAUCCGUAUCUGAUGUUCCGGCCCUAGAUGAAUUAGUCGCACCUCAUAUAGAAUCUUUCAACGCUUUGAUCGAAGAUGGUGACUCGAAAGGAUUGUUACAAUUAGGUGUGGAAGAUAUAGGUGAAAAAGUCGUCUUUGAUGGUAAACCAUAUCAAGGUCAAGGUGAACAAGGUGGAUGGGGUACAAAGAUUAGCUACCGCAUUGACAGAGUAGCCCUUUCAAAACCACUCGUACCGGAAAAAGAUAAACUAGCUAUCGAAAGAAGAAUUUUCCCAACUGAAGCAAGAGAACGUCUCACCACUUACCGAUCAAGAUUGACCGUCAACAUAAGAUGGACAGUCACUGGACCAGAUGGAGUAUCGAGGGAACAUGAGGAAAUCAAGGAAUGUGGUUUGUUACCUGUCAUGGUCAGAUCAAUUCGAUGUAACCUGCAAAACCUUUCUGCGCAAGAACUGAUUACCCAUGGAGAAGAAUCAACUUCAUUCGGAGGUUAUUUCAUUGUAAACGGUAAUGAGAAAAUCAUUCGAUAUCUUAUUUUACCAAGACGACAUCAUCCAUUAAAUCUUUAUCGACCAUCAUUCGCUAAACGUGGUGUGUCGUAUACACCUUAUGGAUGUCAAAUUAGAUGUGUCAGACCAGAUCAAUCUGCAUGUACCAACACCAUCCAUUAUCUAUCAAACGGCGGUGCGACAUUACGAUUCGCUUGGAGAAAAGUCGAAUAUAUGAUUCCGUUGAUGCUUAUAUUGAAAGCUUUGGUGAAUGCUUCAGACAAAGAAAUCUUCGAAGGCUUAAUUCAAGGUGAAUAUGAUAAUACAUUUUUAACCGAUCGAGUGGAAUUACUAUUAAGAGGUCAGAAAACCUGGGGAUUACAAACUGGCGAACAAUGUUUAGACUAUUUAGGUGAUAAAUUCAGAGUCGUAUUGAAUUGUCCAGAUGAUUGGAAUAAUAUUCAAGUUGGAUCUUUCUUAUUAUCAAAAGUGGUUUUGGUACAUUUACCUAACCCAAGAGAUAAAUUCAGGAUGCUCAUCUUCAUGCUCCGAAAACUGUACUCACUCGUGUCAGGUGCUUCUUGUGCCGAUAACCCUGAUUCUCCACAACAUCAUGAAGUUCUCUUACCCGGUUUCUUAUACGGAAUGAUCGUUAAAGAAAGAUUUGAUGAUUGUUUGAAUGCUGUCAAAGCCCAGAUCUUAUUAGACAUAAGGCAAGGCAAAGCUAGGAGUUUUUCGGAUCCCAAAUACUUCACUUCUGUUUUGGCAAAAACCAACUGGGAUAUAGGAGCAAAACUCUCUUAUUUCCUCGCUACUGGAAAUCUCGUUUCUCCCACUGGUCUUGAUUUACAACAAACCUCGGGAUAUACGAUUGUUGCCGAAAAAUUGAAUUUCUACCGAUACCUGAGUCAUUUCAGGUGUAUACAUCGUGGUGCUUUCUUUGCCGAAUUGAAAACAACAGAUGUCAGAAAAUUGAGACCCGAAUCAUGGGGUUUCCUAUGUCCCGUUCAUACACCCGAUGGUUCACCUUGUGGAUUGCUCAACCAUCUUUCUCACACUUGUAAACUCGUCGUUAGUCAAAUGGACACUUCACACAUUCCAACUUUAUUAUCGGCACAUGGGAUGACACAGAUAUUCGCUUCUUCAAUCGACGGUCGAAGAAUGGUCUGUAUCCAAUUAGAUGGGCGAGUAAUCGGAUAUGCAUCACCUCAAAAAUCCAAACAACUUGCAAACCUCUUAAGAAAACUCAAAACUGAAGGUAAUGCAAAAGUACCACUUGAUGUCGAAAUUGGUUAUGUACCUGUAACGAAAGGAGGUCAAUAUCCUGGCCUUUAUCUUUUCUCAUCAAGAAGUAGAAUGAUGAGACCAGUCACAUAUUUAGAAAAUGGAAAAUUAGAUCAUCUAGGUACAUUCGAACAAGUUUACAUGGAUGUCGCUAUCACGAAACAAGAAAUUGAAAAAGGUGUAACAACUCAUCUGGAACUUGAUCCUACGAGUAUGUUAUCUGUCAUUGCGAACUUGACUCCUUUCUCUGAUUUCAACCAAAGUCCAAGAAACAUGUAUCAGUGUCAAAUGGGAAAACAGUCUAUGGGUACUCCUUCCACAGCAAUGAACAAACGAACGGACAACAAAAUGUAUCGACUCCAAUCCGGUCAAACACCAGUGGUACGACCUGCUCUUCACAAUAAAUAUGGUUUUGACAAUUUCCCCAACGGUAUGAACGCCAUCGUCGCUGUUAUCUCAUACACUGGCUACGAUAUGGAAGAUGCGAUGAUCUUGAACAAAUCAGCUCAUGAAAGAGGAUUCGGAUAUGGAACAGUAUAUAAAGCUGAUAUAUUCGAUCUGAAAGAUUCCAUUGGAUCAAGUCGAUCAGCCAAACCAACGUUACAUUUCGGUUUAGGAAGAGAUAUCAAAGAAGAUCAUACAUCAUUAGAAUUCAUAUCAAGAGAUGGAUUACCAAGAAUUGGAACAAGGGUUAAAUCAGGUGAUCCGUUAGCGGCAUAUAUCGAUGAUACAACAGGAAAAACCAAGUUCCAUAAAUACAAAGGUGAUGAAACUGCCUUCGUUGAUGAAGUCAGAUUAUUAGGAUCUGAUUCAGGUGAUUCUGAAUUACAAAAAAUUCACAUCAAGUUGAGGAUACCAAGAUCUCCUGUUAUCGGUGAUAAGUUUUCUUCAAGACAUGGACAAAAAGGUGUUUGUUCACAAAAGUUCCCAGCUAUCGAUAUGCCUUUCAGUGAGAGUGGAAUGCAACCUGAUGUCAUCAUCAAUCCACAUGCCUUCCCUUCAAGAAUGACAAUUGGAAUGUUUGUUGAAUCCCUAGCUGGAAAAGCGGGUGCUCUACAUGGUAUCUGUCAAGAUGCCACACCAUUCAAAUUCUCAGACGCAGAUCGACCAGUGGAUUACUUCGGCGAACAACUUAGAGCUGCAGGAUACAAUUACUACGGUAAUGAACCUAUGUACUCUGGUAUAACAGGAGAAGAGUUCCACGCGGAUAUCUACCUGGGAUUAGUCUAUUACCAAAGAUUAAGACAUAUGGUCAAUGAUAAGUUCCAAGUGAGAACUACUGGACCUGUUGAUCCAUUAACCCGACAACCUGUCAAGGGUCGAAAACGAGCGGGUGGUAUUCGAUUUGGAGAAAUGGAAAGAGAUGCACUAAUAGCACAUGGAACUUCAUUCUUACUUCAAGAUAGGUUAAUGAACUGUUCAGAUUAUUCAACCGCUUGGAUAUGUAGAUCAUGUGGAUCAUUAACUUCAUUAGGAUUUGAACAAGUUUCAGGUGAAGGGAUGAAAGAAUAUUGUAGGAUUUGUGAUUCUCACGUUGAUCAAUACGACAAAGACGAUAAACCUCUUAAGAUUGAAAAUGGUGAAAUAACUCAAGAGAACAAAAUUGGAGUCAGAAUAAAAGAUAGUAUCAGAAAAGGUAAAAUGGACGUUGUUGCAGUUCCAUACGUUUUCAGAUACUUAUGCGCUGAAAUGGCCUGUAUGGGUAUAAGAUUGAAUGUCACCGUGACAUAG